CCUCCUUCACAGAGGGCCCCGACCACUGUGGGCAGGCUCUGCUGCAGAUCGGGAUCAACAUGAUGGCACUGCCUGGAGGCCACCCCCUCGAUGCCGUCCCCCUGCCGGGUCAGCGGCUGCACCUGAUGCAAGUGGAUUCUGUCCAGCGCUGGAUGGAGGACCUGAAGCUCAUGACCGAGUGCGAAUGCAUGUGUAUCCUGCAGGCGAAGCCCAUCAGUCUGGAGGAGGAUGCACAGGGUGACCUCAUUCUGGCGGGUGGCCCCGGGCCCGGGGACCCCUUGCAGCUGCUGCUCAAGCGGGGCUGGGUCAUCAGCACCGAGCUGCGCAGGAUCGGGCAGAAGCUGGCACAGGACCGCUGGGCACGCGUGCAUAGCAUGAGUGUGCGGCUGACCUGCCAUGCCCGCUCCAUGGUCAGUGAGUACAGCGCUGCCAGCAGGAGCUCCUCGCAGGAGAUGGGCCAGAUUGAGAAGCUGCUAAUGGAGAAGUGCUCAGAGCUCUCAGCAGUCACCGAGAGGUGCCUGCAGGUUGAGAAUGAGCACGUCUUGAAGUCCAUGAAGGCCUGCGUGAGUGAGACGCUCAGCAUGCUGGGCCAGCACUUUGGGCAGCUGCUGGAGCUGGCCCUGACCCAGGAGGUGCAGGCACUGGUGAGAAAAAUUGAUGCCUCAGACAAUAUCUACACCACUGAAUCCACCACAGGGAACCUGUUUAGCCUGACCCAGGAGGGGGCUCCCUUGUGCCGCAUCAUAGCCAAGGAGGGCGGGGUCGUGGCGCUCUUCAAGGUGUGCAGGCAGGACAAUUUCCGGUGCUUGUACCCCCAGGCACUCCGCACACUGGCCUCCAUCUGCUGCGUGGAAGAGGGUGUCCACCAGCUGGAGAAGGUGGAUGGUGUCCUGUGCUUGGCCGACAUCCUGACAGAUGACAGCCAUUCAGAGGCCACACGGGCAGAGGCUGCAGCCGUGGUUGCUCAGGUCACCUCUCCACACCUGCCCUUCACCCAGCACCUCAGCAGCUUCCUGGAGAGCAUGGAGGAGAUCGUGACGGCUCUCAUCAAACUGUGCCAAGAGGCCUCAUCUGGGGAAGUCUUCCUGUUGGCCUCUGCGGCCCUUGCCAACAUCACCUUCUUCGACACGAUGGCCUGCGAGAUGCUCCUGCAGCUAAAUGCCGUCCGCGUCCUUCUGGAAGCCUGCAGCGACAAACAGAGGGUGGACACACCUUACACCAGGGACCAGAUCGUGACCAUCUUGGCCAACAUGUCCGUGCUAGAGCAGUGCGCCUCUGACAUCAUCCAGGAGAAUGGGGUGCAGCUGAUCAUGGGCAUGCUGUCUGAGAAGCCAAGGUCUGGGACCCCUGCUGAAGUGGCAGCCUGCGAGAGGGUCCAGCAGAAGGCUGCGGUGACCCUGGCGCGUCUCUGCCGAGACCCAGCUGUGGCGCGGGAGGCCGUGCGGCUGAGCUGUAUGUCCCGUCUCAUUGAGCUCUGCCGAUCGCCUGCUGAGAGGAACAGCAGUGAUGCUGUGCUCGUGGCCUGUCUGGCUGCACUCCGUAGAUUGGCUGGAGUCUGCCCUGAUGGUCUCCAGGACUCUGACUUCCAGCAGCUGGUCCAGCCCCGACUUGUGGACUCAUUUUUACUAUGCAGCAACAUGGAGGAGAGUUUUGUGUAGUGAGUGUGGGGGAGGAAAGGCAUUGGGUCCUAGCCCCUUGCUUCCUCUGAGUAUGUACUCUGAACAUACAAGAGCUCACUAGUUCCCUCACCUCCUUAUUUAUACUUAAUUUAUUUUUUACAUGGAAUGGACAUAGGGCUAAAUAUUGUAGCAACAUCAACCAGCAAUCUGUGGUCCUUAAGGGUCUUUUUGGUUUUAAUUUUUUGACUUCUGUGACUUUUUAGUUGCAGAUGUUGAAAUGCAUAAUGACUAAUAUGACAGAUUGUCAUGGGCAAUUUCACUACAUCUUGCUUUCUCUACUUUUGCUAUAUAAUCUUUCCUCAAAAUUUUUUGUCUGUCUUUUUUUUUACUUUGGAACCAGAGUAUUUUAAGUGCCUAGCAGUCUUUUUUAAUUUGGAUUUGCUCUUUCGAAAGGAUUUUAAAUGAAUUUCAUAGU